CAUAUAUACUUUUUUUCAUCUCUUUGUACCACCAGUCACUUAGUCACUGCUGCUGCCUGGCUUCAUCAGCUGUAUAACUUUUAAUGCUGCGUUAUAAAGCUUCAAAUUCAAUGGAUAGUUUUUGUUAGCUAUACACAAAAAUUUUGCACCACACAACACACUGAGAUGGAAGUGUAUACAACACCACUUGAUGAUGCACUUUGCACGAGUCAACCAUUCCGAACGGCAGCAGCAGCAGCAGUGUGAUCGCCAGUCUUUGGCUCUAGAUCCAAAGAUCUUGUUGGAUUAACGUAUACGAAUUCCGAUUUACUCUUGCAUAGUAUUCCAAAGUAGUUGGGUGUUUUUUGUUUCUGCAUUGUUGUUGUAUUUUUGUGUCGUGUGUUAUGUUUUGUUUGUUAUAUUUUUUGUCCUAUACGCACGGAAAAUAAUAAAAUAUCAACAUUUUUGUACUCUCGGAUUGAAAUAAAUAUGCAAGACGCCCGCUUGCUUUCAUUUAUACAAAAAAUUGAAAUAAAAAAUUAAUUUUAUUUUCUAAUCGUUGAAAAAAAAAUUAUUUUGAGUUUUUAAUUCCAAGAUAGUUAUGUAGCUGCUAUGCGGAGUGGAUACAAAAAUAUAAAAUAAAAACCAAAAUAAAAAAUAGUAAAAUGCAGCUUGGCUGGAAAUGAAUAAAGACAAUUAUUUCCCCAAGUAGCCAGCCAGCCAUACCAUAGUACGAAAGGAUACGUUUUUUGUUCGUUUUUUGUUAAAACUACAUCUUAUGUGCGCUCACGUAAUACCAUGAAAAGGUCACUUUGAAUCUUUGUGUGUUCUUUUUUUUAUCUGAUAUUAAUUUGUCUGCGAGUGUUGUAUAAAAAAGUUCGGUUGAGUUUAAGAGGCAGCAGUUAUUAACAGUUGGAAUUUUUAAAAUACCAAAACGUCAACGCUAAGUUAGUGAACAAUUAAUCAAAAGUUUGUUACGCCCAUAAACACCCAACUCUUAACGAACCCGAACAUUUCAUGGUUUGAUUUGAUCCUUGGUUUUGGUUAUAAAAUAUAGUGUGUUACACCUUUAGUAUUAAUUUGAUUGGAUAGUGCAUUUGAAAUAAAGUUGAAUCAUCAUCAUCAUCAGCAACAUAUGCAGACACAGAUCUUAUUUUUCGGUUUAUAAGAGGCUUGACAAUCAAUUAAGAAAACCAACUAUUAAACCCAUAGCAUUAAGGAUAUAAAGUCAUGAGUGAUAAAAUUCACUCUUAUUCAGUUGAUUCUCAUGAAUUAAAAUUAACAAUGUCAGUACCACCACAACAACAACAACAAUCUCAUCAUGAAUAUGGACGUAACCUCAACCAAGAUAUUCAACUACAAGUAAUCAUUAAAGAAAAUGAGAGUAGUUUACGUAGAACAAAGGCUAGUAAGACAACAUCACCUGCAUCUGCAGCAGCGGCAGCAGCGGCAUCUAUGAUUAAAAAACCUGUAACAAGAGCACAAGACUUACAAGACAAUGACAACACAACAAUAAACGGCAACGGCCAAUAUGGAAAAAUAAAUCUAAAUCAUUGCAGAGACUUCCGUAUGGCUCAGCCGAGGAAUGAUGAAAACCCUUACGGAUAUGUCCCUGAAGUAUUUCAUCAUCAUCCAACAAGUUUUCUAGCUUCCGAAAAACCAGAAACGAAAAUUAAUUGCUGGGAUUCAAUAUAUUUCAGUAAAAUUACUGGCAAUUUAAUAUCAGACAAAAUUUUAGAACGUACAUGGAAAUAUCUAAAAUGGCCAUUGUUAUUAUUUCUGGUCUGUGCAUUUUUGGGUCUCAUCACAUACACCUGCAUGAAUAGUCGAAAUACAAGAUCUAUAAAAACAAAUUGUUUAAAUUUUACUACAAAUUCGAAUUGUCUACUAAUGGAUGCUACUGAAAUUGAUAAUGAAAUUAAAAACAAUUCAAAUACCAUCUUAAACGAUGAAAAAAUCUCUGAUGUAGAUACAUAUUCACAAACUGAAAUAGCUUUUGAAGAUGAUGAAAUAGAAAAUGAAGAAAAAAAAGAUGAAAGAGUAAAAAAAGAAAAAUACGAAGAAAAGGAUGUGUUGGAAAAGGAUGUGGAAGCAUCUGAGGCUGUCUUAACAGGAUCAACAACACUUUUAAGACCGAUUAUUGUGCCACAAUUAACUCAUACUGGCUAUAGGGAGAAGAAUCAUAUAGAUAAGGGAUCCAAGAAUGACUAUACUUUUAUCGAAAGAAAGUCAAAUCAAAAGUACGAAGAACUUAUUCCAUCUACCAAGAUUCAGAGUCCUUAUGGACAAGGAAGUACUGGAGAAUCAAAGCCAAUUACAAGAGUUCAAAUCCCUUAUGGUCAAGAGAGUGGAAGAGAAAAAGAAACAACAAAUAACCAAACAGAAGGUAUUAAAGUUAUAGGAUUCACUUCAGGCCAUCAAAAUAAUUUCGGAAUUCCAAUUGAAGAAGAUGAAAGAAUCUUAAGGCUUCUUAAUGAUGAACUAAGUAAGCUUGAAAGACAAACGGAGCAUUCUAAUGCUGUAAGUCGAACUGAGAGUUCUUUGAUAGUAUCACCUACAGUUCCUCAAAUUAUACACGAAGUCCAGGAAUACGUUACUCCCAGCAGUAGACCAUUUGAAGACAUCCAAUGUCAGUCAACAUCACUUCCCAUGUGUCGAGGAAUUUUGCAAUAUGAUCUGACAUCUUCGAAUGCGAAAAGUUUGUACUUGAGUCCAACGGAGUUAGAUGUUUUCGAAACUCUCAUUACGUCCAACUGUUCAACAAGGGCUAUUGAAUUUGUUUGUGCCAGUCUUGAACCUGAAUGUCGUCCCACACAAAUUGGCAUUCUUCAACCAUGUAAAAGGAUUUGCAAAUCAAUUUUAGAGGCAUGUUCUAGCUUAAUUGCAAGCUCAGAUAUUUUAACCUACACUUUUGACUGUGAUAAAUACCCAGACUCGUAUGAUCGUAAUGUCUGUGAAGAUCCAACCCGAAGAAGUGAAUGCUAUGACAAUGAAUUCAAAUGUGAAGAUUUUUCGUGUAUUCCUAGCCAAUGGCAAUGCGAUAAUAUUAAGGAUUGUAGUGAGGGUGAAGACGAAUUAGGUUGCUUAGUUUGUAGUCCGGAAGAGUUUCGUUGUAGAUCGAACGAGAAAUGCUUAACGGACGAAUACAGAUGUGAUAGGAAUGAAGAUUGCGAUGAUGGUUCUGAUGAACAUGAUUGUUUUACGGAACAUGAAGAAAAUGACGAAGACCCACAAUUGUAUCCGAGAAUCUUUUCGUUUGCUAGUUUUCUUUUGCCAAAUUACACAAGUGAGAACAGUUUUACUGCUAUCGCUGAUGAAGAUCGUUUAGCUGCUGGAAGUGAAUUAAAUGAAACAUUGGCAUCGGCAAGCACAAGCAAUAUUUUGCAUGGAAUCAGUACUUUGGAGGAAAUCAAAAAGGCUGCAGGGAAUAUUUCGAGAGCUUUAGCCAACUUUCAGGACAGCAAAGAAAUAAUGAUGACAAGUGAUUCCGAAAACAAAAUGAAAAUUUCCCAUAACAAUAGUAGCAUUAGCAGUAACAGUACCAGUACCAGCAACAAUAUGACCGAAGUGAAUAAAAAUGAAAGUAAAAUUGAAUUAACAACACCUUCUUCAACCUCAUGUUCAGGAAAUGAGCUCAGGUGUGUUAGUGGAAAAUGUAUCACAGUUGAUCAACUAUGUGAUAAGGUAAUGGAUUGCCCUGAUGGUGAAGAUGAACUUAUGUGUAACUAUGAAGAACGUCCGAAAUCUAAAAAGCCUUAACAACAACAACAACGAAGACGAAAAACAACAUAAUAUCAAUUGGUUCUGAUAAAUUAGAAAUGAGAGUGUUAAUUUUUAAUUCAAAAUAGAUAUGUAUUUAUGUAAAUAGUUAGGAAGGUUUUUUUAUAUUGUUAUUAUUAUGUUAAAUAAUUAUAUUAUUGAAUCAUUUAUGUAAAUAGAAAGAAACACAUCUUUGCAUUUGAAU